AGCUUCCAUUCCUGUCCGAGGCCUUCCGUAGAGGCAGGCCUGACCUCAGUGCCCUCAUCAGUUGGCCAACCUCCCAGGCCGAGUCUUGAACUUGCCUUUAGUCAGCAACAGCUCAGUUGUCCUGCUUCACAGCUUGGAGAAGCUGCCAAAGGUGCCCAUUAUUGGGAAGCGUCAGCCUUUUGAACAUACUUUCAUUUGCUGUUUAUAUGUAUUGUAGCGUGCUUAAUUUAUAACGAGUUCUACAGAUUAAUCACUUUAACUUUAAACAUAGCACAGAGUAACAACAUUUAAGGAAGACAGACAUUUCAGUCUGAAUCCCAGAAAUCCUAUCAUUCCCUACAAUUUGAGUUGAGAAGAGCCUCUUCAUUAAAAUCAUACUCAGAACUCUGCAUAGCAUCUCCUUAGGAACUCACUAAGUUUCUGAGUAAGCUUCUGUUUUCACUGAAAGACUUCACCUCGGCGUUUAAUUCCUUAGUCAAAGUGGAAACAUUUGUGGGGAAGAGAUUACUGUUUCACAAUACUUUCUUUGCUGACAAAGAAAAUUUAGAAAAUACAGAAAGUUUUAGGUCUGAGAAUAAGAGCAAUAGAAGUCAGAGUUGGUGAAUUGAAGUCAUCCCAGGGUUUUGAUGUUUCAUGGAACAAUCACAAAAGAGCUUACCAGUCAUGAAGAAUGGAGUCACUACAAUGAAAAUAUAGUAGAAGAUCAGAAAGAUUUUGUGUUUAUGAAGUAUAAUGGGCUUCAUCUGAAGUCCAUGGAAAGUGUGCAGUCCUGCAUCUCACUUAGAGUGUGCAUCUUCUCUAACAACUUUAUUACUGACAUUUAUCCACUGCAGAGCUGCAUAAAGCUCAUCAAACUUGAUCUCCAUGGAAACCAGAUAAAGACUCUUCCAGAUAAGAAAUUUUGGAGUGGACUCAAGAACCUAAAGCUCCUCUUUCUCCAUGACAAUGGGCUUUCAAAGCUGAAGAACAUCUGUGUACUGGCUGCUUGUUCAACCCUUACAGGGCUGACCAUGUUUGACUGUCCAGUGAGCCUAAAGAAUGGCUAUAGGCACGUUCUUGUCAAUAGUAUCUGGACUCUAAAAACUCUGGACCACCAUGUUAUAUCUGAUGAAGAAAUUAUUCAGAACUGGCAUCUUCCAGAGAGAUUUAAAAGAUUCAACGACAGGCUAUACCUUGACAUUUGCUCAUCGCUGAAAAAGGGUACAAGCUAUGAAGAUGAAAUGAAAGACAUCAAACUUGUAAUUUCAAGGAUUAAUGAAAUUCUGGCUCAUAAUUCACCCGUAUUGAUUGUUCAGAGAUGGAUACGUGGUUACUUAGUUAGAAAACACUUGAGCCUCCAUUUAAUAAAUAAAAGGCCUCCAAAGAGCAUGAUUAGGGUGCUUGCAGCAAAAUGGAUCUACAUAGGUGGACGACGUGAGGACAAAAUCUUGGAGGAUGUCUUCCAUUUCAAGCCUGAAUCUAACAUAAAAGCGAAGGUUGCACAGUGGAAACAAAUGGUAUCUACUCCUGAUAACUUUAAACAUUCUACUGAGUACAGAAAUAUUCCCUGGUUUGCAUAUGAGUUGAAAAUGAAAGAUACUGAUGGAAAACCAAAAACACGAAGACAUCACAUUCAGAAAGGUCCAAAGGAGACUAAAGAUGAAUCUGAUGAGGAAGAAGUGGACACCAGGUUUAGGAUAUCUGCAAUGAAGAUCCCUUUAUAUUCCCCCAGAACAUUCACAUACGGUGCAAUGUUGAAGGAGAUGAAACGGGACUAUAUUCCAGACUAUGUCCAGCCACUUCCUGCCCCUCGUCCGAAGCCACCGAUCAAGACAGAAACACUAAAGGAGCUAAGGAAAAGGAAAGAAUUUCUAACCUCAGAGAGGGCUGGCAUGAAUCUCCACAUGUUUAAUGAUAUUGACAAAUAUCACGUAGAACAAAAACACCAAGAAAGAGAAGAAAGAAAAUUAAAAGCCGUGAUUACAGCACAAGUCUCCCAGGAAAGGGCUAGGCUCAGCAUUAAAGAGCAUGGAAGGAGGAAAAUUCAUAUGGCACAAAAACAAGUGGAAAAGGAUCAUGAGACAAUCCAGAAAGGCUUACGGAAAAUUUGGAAGGAGAAACUUGCCUACCUGGGAAAAGUUAGAGAGCGGAAAUCUAUGUUUCUAGCUGAGAAAAAGCUGAAGGCCACGGAACAUUCUUUGGUUCAGUCUAUGAACAACGAGAGGUCCGUUCUGCUCAGAGGCAUCAACAAUGUUGACAGACUGAAGCGUAACUUGUCAGACUCAAGAAAUAAGCACCGGAUUGUUGCUGAAAAGUGGAAGGCAGAAAAAUACAAGAAUAGUUUGUUGAGGCAGGGGAAGGAGCUCAGGGCUGAAGAAACCCGUAGAAAGCACCGUGAAGAGAAAUUUGUUAUUGAUACACUCAUCCUUCACAAAGCCUGUGAAAGAUUUGAGGAGGCCAAAGCAAAAGUUGCACUUAUUAAGUCUCUUGAAAGACACCGUGAAUGAACCAAUGCCACACCAUAUCUGAUGAUGAUUGUGAAUUGUGGCCACUAUUUUGAUUUAAAGGAUCUUGAAAAACUAUUUGAAAAGCUUGCUCUAUACACAGUGGAUCUGGGUGUAAACCUAUUCAAAAAGAGAAGAAGGCUCCAAGUGUUUCUGGCAUGGAUUAUAACACAGAGCUUGACUUUUCACUUCUAACAGGCCAUUAUAUAUCCUUGUGCCCAAGAGGAAGUCAAAGCUGUGUGACUUCUUCAUGCAAAGUCUCCCAAAGUCUAUGGAUUUCCAUAGGCUCUAAGAAUGUCAGGUUGUUAAGCUACAUUCAAUUUCCUCUGCUAAUUGUUUACUUCAUUGCCAACUUUUACUUAUAUAUUGAAUAUGCACUAAAACCUGUAGUUACCAGAUUUCAUAUAUUGAAUUAUAUUUCCUGUUCAGGUUAUUAAAGCAAUUUUUGCAUUUUGUUUAUUUUUUCAAAAUAAAGGUUUCAACAAUGUAUCAAUUAUUUAUAGUCAUAAAAAUUAAAAGACAUAAACUAUGGAAAGUAAACCAUCUCCCUUGAA